AUGAACAAAAAAAAUUUAAAGCGCAGCGACCCGGAAGAGCUAAAAAGCAACAACACAAACCGAAAGGACUCAAGAAAGGAGGAAGGCUCAUCGCACCCAAAAAAAGCUCAAGUGGUCCAGCAGCAGAAGCUGAAGAAGGGUUUGGAGGUGGCCAUCAGGAUCAGGACUGAACAGGACGUCACACAGAAGGCCAGCACGUGUCUUCAGAAGAAACUGAGUGUGCUGAAGACUCCAGCGGGGAAAGGCGCCACAACUGGACCAUCCUCGUCCAACUGAUGACAGGCAGACACUGUGAUCUGCUGCUCAGCCGCUAGAUGGCGCCACCAUAUUUAAAAAAAACUGAUGUUUGCCACUUUCUGUGAAAAGUUUGUUUAUUUUUGGAAAAGGAAACAUGGUGUGGAAUCUUACACAUGUACAACAGGCCAUGAUCUUUUAGACUGUGCUUAUUUUUAUAUAAUAAAAUGAGAAAGUGUUGUUAGGUUUCAUAAUAUUUUAAUUUCAUCAUUAGUUAAUUUCAUGAUUAUAUUAUUUUAAUUAUAUGUGACGCUGGACCACAAAACCAGUC